AGCUGCAGGCGGCAGUCAAGGGGAGAAGGGCCCGGCUGGGCUAGCGCACGGCCAUGGCCCCGUGGCUGCAGCUCUGUUCCUUCUUCUUCACUGUCAACGCCUGCCUCAACGGCUCGCAGCUGGCAGUGGCUGCGGGCGGCUCGGGCCGCGCGAGGGGCGCCGACACCUGUGGCUGGAGGGGAGUGGGGCUGGCCAGCCGAAGCAGCGGGCUGUACAACAUCACCUUCAGAUAUGACAACUGUACGACCUACUUGAAUCCAGUUGGGAAGCACAUGAUUGCCGAUGCCCAGAACAUCACAAUCAGCCAGUACGCUUGCCGGGACCAAGUGGCAGUCACGGUUCUUUGGUCCCCAGGGGCCCUUGGCAUUGAAUUCCUGAAAGGAUUUCGAGUAAUACUGGAGGAGCUGAAGUCAGAGGGAAGACAGUGCCAGCAGCUGAUUCUAAAGGACCCGAAGCAGCUCAACAGUAGCUUCAAAAGAAUGGGAAUGGAAUCCCAGCCUUUCCUGAACAUGAAAUUUGAAACAGAUUACUUUGUCAAGAUUGUCCCUUUCCCCUCCAUCAAAAAUGAAAGCAAUUACCACCCUUUCUUCUUCAGAACCCGGGCCUGUGACCUGUUGUUGCAACCUGACAACAUGGCCUGUAAGCCCUUCUGGAAGCCUCGAAAUCUGAAUAUCACCCAGCAUGGCUCAGAUGUGCAAGUGUCCUUUGACCACGCGCCACAUAACUUCGGCUUCCGUGGCUUCUACCUUCACUAUAAGCUCAAGCACGAAGGCCCCUUCCGGCGGAGGACAUGUAAGCAGGACCAGAAUUCAGAGACAAGCAGCUGCCUCCUCCAGAAUGUCUCUCCAGGGGGUUACGUCAUUGAGCUGGUGGAUGAUAACAACACAACCAGGAAGGUGGCGCAUUACGCGGUCAGGCCAGUGCACUCUCCCUGGGCGGGACCCAUCCGAGCUGUGGCCAUCACUGUGCCUCUGGUCGUCAUCUCGGCGUUUGCGACGCUCUUCACCGUGAUGUGCAGAAAGAAACAGCAAGAAAAUAUAUAUUCACAUUUAGAUGAAGAAAGCCCCGAGUCCUCCACAUACGCUGCCGCUCUUCCCAGAGACAGGCUCUGGCCACGACCCAAGGUCUUCCUCUGCUACUCCAGUAAAGACGGCCAGAAUCACAUGAAUGUGGUCCAGUGCUUCGCCCACUUCCUCCAGGAUUUCUGUGGUUGUGAGGUGGCGCUGGACCUCUGGGAGGAUUUCAGCCUCUGCAGAGAAGGGCAGAGAGAAUGGGUCACUCAGAAGAUCCAAGAGUCCCAGUUCAUCAUUGUUGUAUGCUCCAAAGGCAUGAAGUACUUCGUGGACAAGAAGAACUACAAACACAAAGGAGGCAGUCGAGGUGGGGGCCAAGGAGAGCUCUUCCUGGUAGCCGUGACAGCCAUUGCAGAAAAGCUUCGUCAGGCCAAGCAGAGUUCAUCCACGGCACUGAGCAAGUUUAUCGCUGUCUACUUUGAUUACUCCUGUGAAGGCGAUGUCCCCUGCGUCCUGGACCUGAGCACCAAGUACAAGCUCAUGGACAACCUUCCUGAGCUGUGUUCUCAUCUGCACUCAGGAGAGCACAGCCUUCAGGGGCUGGGCCAGCCAGGGCAUAGCAGUAGAAGGAACUACUUCCGGAGCAAAUCUGGCCGCUCCUUGUAUGUUGCCAUUUGCAACAUGCACCAGUUUAUUGAUGAGGAGCCUGAUUGGUUCGAGAAGCAGUUUUUGCCCUUCCAUCCUCCCCCUGUGUGCCACCAGGAGCCAGUCCUGGAGAAGUUUGACUCAGGUUUGGUUUUAAAUGAUGUCAUGAGCAAAUCAGGGCCGGAGAGUGACUUCUGUCUAAAAGCUGAGGCUUCUCUACUGGGGGCCACCAGGCUAGCUGACUCACACCCACACCUGGAAAGUCAGCGUACAGGCCUGAACCAAGACACUGAAACCCAGCCCACCUGUGAGAGUGGCCCUGCCUUGCAGCCCCUGCUGCAUGCAGUGAAAGCUGGCAUUUCCUCGGAUAUGCCGCGGGACUCGGGCAUAUAUGAUUCCUCUGUGCCCUCUUCAGAGUUGUCUCUGCCUCUGAUGGAGGGGCUGUCCCCUGACCAGAUGGAGACAUCUUCUCUGACCGGGAGUGUAUCUUCUUCCUCUGGUCUAGGUGAGGAGGAUUCCCCUACUCUCCCUUCCAAGCUCCUCGCCUCUGGGGUGUGCAAAGUAGAACAUGUUUGCCACAACUACACUGAUGAACUCCAAGCAGUUGCCCCUUUGUAAGGACAUGGAAGGGUUUGAGCAUCGCCACUUUAACUGCUGCUUGCUCUGGCUCCCCAGCUCACCUCUGUGGUUGUGCGGCCACUUGGAGCGUAAGGUUCACACAAGGAUAUUCGGAGUGAAAUUCAGGCCAAUCCUCGAUCCUUUCUGCUCCAGCCCGAGUCUCCGAUUUCCCAGAAGCAUAUGGUGCUCUGCAAGACACUUCCUUUAGACCAGGCAGCAGCUGGCUGUGUGAAGCCGGUCCUCAGAUUGGAGCCCACUCUGGGAAGCAUGGGGGGGAAGCAGGUAAAGAGAAGUAGGAAGCACCAACACUUCUAUUCCCCUUCGGCUACUUUGAUUCAAAAUGCUUUGUGGAAAAAGCACUUUGAACAUCAUUCCAGCUACACAUGUCAAUCAAGUACUGUCUGAGACCCGGAUUGUGCUUCAAGGGAAGUUUCCAUUCAGUUUCGAUGUGAAACUUAACACCGUACCGAGUGUUAAGUAAAUUUUGAGUCAGAGGUCCAGACAAUGGCUGAAUGUCUACCCAGCCACGUUUUAUGAGAAAACUUUCUCUGUAUUACUGGGAAACAUGGCUGACCAGGAUAGAAUCCCAUGGAGCAGGUUGACCAUCUUGAUCAUCGUAUGUGAAGAAGAUGGCAGAACCCGGGCAUCUUCCCCAGGACUAAGGAGCCAUCAUGUGGGAACCACAGCUGUCUGUUUGGUUUCUCUGGGAUAUGUUUACUGCUCUGUAGCUCGGGCGGUGAUGGCUGGAAAGAAGGACGAUUACCCAGCUGGACAAUGUUAUUGGAAGCUGUAGUUUGUGCUUCGGCUAGUGCUGUUGUCCUGAAUGUUAGAGGUCAAAAAUCUACUAAAUACAACAGCGUGAGGGUGGGAGGUGGUGGCCCGUUAAUCUGCUGACUGGCUUGACUAGUGACAAACCUCCUUUGUAGAGAGCAGAAAGGAGGGGAUUAUUACAAAAGUAAAUGUUGUAUUUUUCUGAACGACUCUUGUACAGUUCUGUUUCCAAAGACAACAUCUCUCCACAUGCUCUUUAUGAAUUAGGUGUAAUAAUGAUGCAGCUGUCUCUAUGGAAACCCUCAUCCUCUUGCCCUGGUGCACUUGGUGUGAGCGUCCUUCUCCACUGUUAUCGUCAGGGAUGUUGGAUGUUGGAUGUUUGUUGGCAGUCUGUUUUCUCAACGUUCUACUGGGAACUGUGAAGGGUUUUUCUAUUCCUUAACCAGAGAGGAUCAGCCUUAAGGAGGAUUUCUAAGAAAGACCCCAAGGUGGGGUGGCCGGGAGAUGAGCAGGGCUUUCCCUUCUAGCAGAUUUUUAGUGGGACGGGAAGGGAAGCCUUGACUCCUACUGAGAAGAAGCGGUCUGUGUGUAUUUUGGAUCUGUGUGUAUUUUGGAUGGAAGAUUCCCCCUGCUCUGUACAGGCGACUGGCAGCUGUUCUGGGUGAGCUGAGAGGCGGUCUCACCGGAACACCAGCCUCUCAGCAGGGAAGUUCAUUCCAUAUUGUCACUGUGGAUUCCAGACCAAGCAGACAGAGCUCCCAGCUCCACGGGACUCCCCUGACCAGACUCAGUCUUGGCAUUAGUUCUCUGAAGGAGAUCAGCGGGCCUAAAUUGCUAACGUAUGACCGUUCACUGGGAACAUCUUUAG